AUGCGCGACCCGCUGGGCGCGCUCGGCGUCGCCUUACUUUUUAUAUUCGUUGCCGCAUCUCAUGCCCAACAACGAAUAGUUGACGGACCCAUUGAAACAUCUGCACUCGUUGGAGGAACCGUCGAAUUAAGAUGUAAAGUAGAAAACCAGAAAGGAGCCGUGCAAUGGACUAAAAACGAUUUUGGUCUGGGCAUCGAUCGAGGAUUGAAAUUUUUCCCUCGCUAUUCUAUGGUUGGGAAAGUGGCUCAAGGAGAAUACAAUCUACAGAUUGUCAACGUCACCGUUGAUGAUGAUGACGUUUACCGUUGCCAAAUCGGAGAAGUACACGGGGAAAGGACGGUUGUUUCAAAUGCUGCAAAGCUCAAUAUUUUGAAACAACCAACGUCACCUCAUCAAUUGGAUAAACCAAAGGACCUAACGCUCAAUGCCAUCGCUGGCGAUGUAAUAAAACGAUCGUGCAUUAGCAAGAAGGGAAAACCACCAGCAAAACUUGGCUGGGCAGUCGCCGGUGAUCCAGAGGGAAAGAAAAUCAUUGCCUGGCUCGGCGAAUCACGCUCAAAAUUAGGACAUUUAAUUAAAACCAACGAUUUUUCGCCGGAGACCGUGCAGGCAAAUAUCAUCGAUAAUAUCCAAAAAGACAAUGGCGUCUACAGCGUUAUUUCAAAUUUAAGCUACGUUCCCCGGCCAGAAGAUGACAAGAAAUUUUUGGUGUGCCUCAGUCAUCAUGAGACGAAUAAAGAUCGGGUGGAGGUCGAUGGCGUGAAAUUUGUGCUCGAAUAUGCACCACGCGUCAAUCUGACUGUCGCCUCUUCUACGAAAAUUCGUGAAGGCGGUGGACUGCUCUUGGCCUGUUCUGUAGACGCAAAGCCUAUGGACCACCUCAAGAUUCAAUGGUUUAAGGAAGGAGUGCUGAUGAAGAAUACAGCCGAUACUUUGGUGUUCGAGAGUCUAAAGAUGGAAGAUCAUGGAACGGAAUACAGCUGUGAGGCGACGAAUAAGAUCGGGAAAGGAAAGGGGACGACGAAAUUGAAUGUUGCUUUUGCUCCAAGGAUUAUCUCAACCCAACAAGAACGCGAGGUAAACGUCGGCGAGUCCGCUACAUUCAAUUGUGAAGCCAACGGAAACCCUAAGCCUCAAUUAUAUUGGAGCAAAGCCGGCGAUCCUCAAGUUAUCGCAAAGGGCGAAAGUUUUACCAUCGAAAACGUUCAAACGUGGCAACAAGGUGAAUAUAUCUGCACAGCAGCUAUGGAUGGGUUCAAGCAGGACCGACUUGCCAAUUUUUUGCAUAUUCGAGGAGCUCCUACGAUCUCCCUUGAGGCUCCCCCAAAUAUGAAUUUGGGAGAGACUGCCGUAUUCAGCUGCAAAGUUCGCGGCAGACCGAAGCCGAAAGAAGUCGUUUGGAGCCGCGAUGAAAAUGACUUGAACUUCAAUUCUGGGCGUAUGCAGGUCCAUCAGAUGCCCCACGUCUAUGGGGUCGAAAGCAAAUUGACGAUUCGGGAUCUGCAAGAAGGGGAUUUCGGAGUAUACAACUGUACGGCAAAUAACGGACUUGGCAUGGAUAGCCAAGGAGUGACGUUGAGCAAGAAGAAUAUUUUGGAUUUUGUCUUUGAAAUACUUGGAAGCGACGACUUACUGAUAAUAGCAGCAAUCGCAGCUUCCGUCAUCUUCUUCUGCCUAUUUUUCCUUUGCUGUUGUGCAUGGCGCCGAAGAAGACGCUACAACCAGAAAGGCAGCAAAUUUACAGCUUCUGAAUCCGAUGUAACUGUGAAAUGUGAAGCCCUUGAUCCCCCAUUCUAUUCCGAGAUGUAUGGAGGCCCGAUGGACGACGGGAAUUUGUUGCUUUCUAAGGACUACAUCGCAGUCCCGCAAAACAACCCCGAUUUGGACCUGUUGAUGCCCUCGUCAUAUGGCCUGUCCAGCUCCAACAACUCGUUGUACCCGAAAUAUAUGAAUGGGUCGAAUAUCGACUACAACUUUAUGCCAAAUUCGCGUUAUGAUACGAACUACGGGUCUUUCUCAGGUGGUUCCACACCGGCAGCGUUGUCAGGAGGUGCACUUUCGGAAUUGUAUGGUAACACUGAUAAAUUACAUGCACCGCUGGAGCCAUUACAAGAGGUGGAUACCCCAAAAGUUUCAACCUACAGCUUCAUGUGCCAAGAUCGACCACUCAGCCGAAGCUCUACCCACGUC